GUGUGGUUUGUGUUCCGGUGAAGGGCGGAAGUGAGUCACCGCAAACUAGAGAGCUGUCGUCAUUGUGUGAAAAUGUGUAAAGUUCGAAUGUUCAGGACCUUGGUGAAGCAGCGGCUAGACGUGGCCGUCGAAGAGAUUUUCGAACUAUUUGAUAGAACGAUAGCGGAGUACGAGGAGGAACUUUCUCGCACUAAAGCGGAGAAAGAACAGCAACGCGAGCUACUCAACGCUCUCCUCAAGCCUCACGUUCACGGUGCAUUGCACGAUGCAGAAAUGCAGCAGGAAGCACCAGCAGAGCCUCCUCACAUUAAAAUGGAAGAGGAGAACGUGUGGAGGAGCCAGAUUGGGGAGCCGCCUCAAGAGCUGAAGGAGGAGGCCGAUAUCAAAACAUUUACGUUGACCAAUGUCCAAGUGAAGAAGGAAUCUGAUCAAGAUCAGUCCUCACAGCUUCCCCGCGGUCAAAGUGAGAUGAUGUGCGAUGAACACAUGGCAACGGAAAAUGACGGCGAACACAGUGGAGGAUCACAACCGGACUUCUUGGUUCCGCUCUCAGAUGCGGACGACAUGACAUCGCACUCUUCUGACACUGAUCACAGCAACCCCACCAAAGACCCGGUGAAGACUGAAAAGAAGUCCCAAAACGUGAACGAGGAUCUUUUGACGUUCAUGCACCAGCGCAAUAAAUCGAGGAAGAAUCUCUCUCAGAUGGAGCGAGAAAAGAUGGAAACGCGCCGGCAGAAAUGCUCAGCUUGCCUUCGGUGUGACUGCACCGAGUCUCUGCGCGACACGCUACCCCCGGAGGAGCCGGAGGAGAUGGAGGAGACGGCAUGGGACCAGGACAAUGCCGAGGGCAUCCGGGAGCUCAAAGGCUACCUCCAGAACUGCGAAAUGUUUUUUGUCUUUUCAAAGUUGUUGAAAACUGAAGGCAAGGGCAAGAAAAACGUCUACACUGGCUCGGCUAAGUGCAUGCAGCCUGGGUGCAAAAACAAGGGUGUGACCUUUACCUCAAUUUCCAGAGCCCAUCUUAGCAUGCACUAUGAAAAAGUUCACCCUGGAAAAAAGGCCGCGCUUAUGGCCGCCUUGGCCGGAAACAGCCGGCGUGGCGGCCGUGGCCAGGCCAAGGAGCGACGUUCCAAGAAGCACCAAUUGAGCACCUUGGAGGAACCGGUCAGGGACAAGUUCAACCAGGACAAGGCCAGGCAGAUGUUCACACGAUGGUUUGUGGAGACGCUUUCCCCGCUGGGCCUUUGUGAACACCCCUACACCAGGGAGCUGUUUGCCUACCUCAGUCCCGAGUUCCAGCUCAUGUCCCGGAAGAUCCUGGCGAGGGGUCUGGAUGAGCUGAUGCACAAGGCCAAGCUGGAAGUCAACAACCUGCUCAGCAAGCAGAAGUGGGUGGCAACCACCGCUGACUGCUGGACGGUGCACAGCCGAGCCUUUCUGGGCAUGACCGUGCACUGGAUCGACCGGCCCAGCCUGGUAAGGAGGAAGGCAACUCUGGCAUGCAGGGAGUUGAAGACAGAUCAGCUCUUGGCCGAGGUCAUCCGUGACGUCCACCAGGAGUUUGGCAUUGUCAAGAAGGUGGUCGCCACCACCACAGACAACGGCACAAACUACGUCGCGGUCCUCAACGCCUUUGGGGAACCGCAGGAGGAGGAUGAGGAAGUGUUGCCGGGACAGCCGGGCGACGUCCAGGGACACCUCGACGGCGAGGACGUUGACGCCGAGCCCCGGGUCGCUCUGCCGCCUCACCGCCGCUGUAGUGCGCAUACCCUGAACCUCAUGGCGACCACCGACAUCAGGGCGGUCACGGGCUGGAGCGUGGGGGACACGCCCUGGUGCGAGGCAACCGCCAAGGCCCAGCAUCUGUGGAACCUCCAGAACCGGAUCCCCAUUGCCGCCAAUCAGAUCAAGGAGGCUGUCAACAGGAAGCUCCCAACUCCUCUUCUAGUAAGGUGGAACUGUUACUUCAAUAGUGUGAAGGUGCUGUUGGAGGUGAUGUCACUGCCUGAGCAGGUGGAGGCCAUCAACAACAUCAUCGUUCACCAGCCUAGCGGCAAGGCCGGAGCAACCAUUCUUGAUCGGGACAUCAAGGUCCUGACAGAGUACAGGGAUGUCAUGAAACCCGUGGUGGACACCCUGGACAACCUGCGGGGGGAGGACAGCGCCUACAUGGGCGUCCUCCUGCCAACGCUCCUGGUCUUGAAAAGGUGGCUGCUGCAGCACCAGCAGAGGGGUGAACUGCAGUACGCAGAGCCCCUGGUCCAGUCCCUCCUCAGGGGCUUUGAAAAAAGGUUUGGCUCCCUCUUUGAGGACCAAGACCUGCUCAUGGCCUCUGCCUUGCACCCCUCCUUCACACCCGCCUUCCUGGCGAGGAUUGUCCCCGAGCAGGCUGACGCCAUCAAGGACAGGAUCCUCGGCGAGCUCAAAGCCCUGGUGAGCGACGUGCAGCAGGAGCAAAAUGUCCGGCCUGCCGUGAAGAGCCACCAGGACAGGGUUUUCAAGGAGCUGUUUGUCGGCGACCACGAUGUGGUGCUGAGGGCCAGCAUCCAAGACUGGAAGCCCCAGCGGAAAGCCCUCUCCUGGGCCCUCUUCCCCAAGGAGCACAGGGAGGCCUGGGUCGACUUGUUCAUCAAGUACAACACCCCGCUCCCGAGUUCUGCGGCCGUGGAGAGGACAUUCUCCACAGCCGGCGACGUCCUCAGGCCGAAGCGGGCCGCCCUGGCCAGUCCCGACUUCCAGAACUUGGUGUUCCUCAAGGGGAACAUGUCUCUGUUGGGAUACCCCAGCUACAAGGGACAGUUUGCCGAGGAGGAACAGGAACAGUAUUAGUUUUUUUGUUUAUUUUUGGCACGUGGUCCAACUGUUUCUCAAUGAAUGAAAUUGUGUCCUACUACCCUU